AUGACGAACGAGUCGUGGGGAUCCGGUCCCUCCAUAGAUGCCGCUGAGCAGAAGCGAGUGGAUCGGAUCUGCGCAGAGAUAGCUGCACGAAAGGCCAUGAAAUGGUCCUGGAAGCGAUAUUUCUUCGAAUCCGCAUCGUCCGAAGGCAGUGUACCAGGCGAAGCCACUCCCUCCAUGCCGCAAACCCAAGGCCAAGGUUCCUCGUCAUGGACUACGCCACGCAGACACAACCCGAUCGGGAUUGGGCUGCUGAACAAGACAUUACGGACCAAGAAGAAGACAAGGAUACCGCAGCCUUCUGAACAAAGCUUCACUGGUAUCGCAGGUCAUCACACUCAAUCUUCGAACGCGUCUGGAUACAGGGCAAACUCGGAGAACUAUGGCGCUUUGCCCUCCUCCUACAGGAGACUGCGAAAGGCAAGAUCCAUGCUGACAACCCGACGCCGCAUACAGGAAAGCCAGGACAGUCCCCUGCUGAGCCCGGUUGGGCGCAGUCGAAUCCCGCGACGAGCGACCAGUUUUGCUGCUCUUCCUACAAGCAACUUCCGUCUUCGCUUGAAACAGUCGUUGACAACUCUUCGGCCCAAGAGCAGAGUUGCUCAGUUUUCAGGUGCCAACGAUGGACCUGGCCAUGAUGAAGCGGUUCAGAUUGCCCGAGCCCGCUUUCUCGAAACAGAACAGCAGCAGGCGGAGUGCAGACAACCAAUGCCCUUCAGUUUUAGGUCGAACGUACAUAACAAACCCUUCAACAAGAGUUUCAAAACAAGUCACAGCCUGGACUCGGACAAGUCACCAGUCCCAAUUCCAAACAGGAAUCGUUCUACACAGAAGGAGGUGGGAAAGAGAUCGUUUUCGGCGUCACUGCGCAAUCGGCUUCGCAAUGCCCUCGGCAAGUCCGUGAAGGAGGAGGAUACAAUCCCACCACAGCAACUCGAGGCUCAAAGAAGUCAUUUUGAUGAGCUCGGAGCUGAUACCGAGUCUGUAAGUGGGUUUGACGCAUAUUGCGCUGAGGAAGAAAAUCAAGACCGGCGGCAAAGCCUUUACUUCCCAGCGAGUCCCGAGCAUGUCGCUCUUGAAAAUCGAGACGAAAUGCCAUACAGCUUAGAUUUAGCUGCGAGUCGUGAGAGCUUGCCUUCCAAUACGAGAUCGCGGGUGACGAGCUGGACCAAUUCUAGCAUGACCGGCUCUCUUGGUUUACGAUCAGGAAUGAUCGAGCGCAACCGGCUGUCCAUCAUCAAGGAAGAUGGCGGACCACAGCAGCCUUCCUCCUCAGCCGGUCGCCAUAUUGGGGGAGUGACCCUGUUUCAGGAGCCACUACAGUCACCUCCAAGCGAUGGCCGGCCUUUGCCCAUGGUGGACAGCCAACGCGUCUACUCAGCACUGAUCAAACGCAUCAAUCAAGAAGAAGCGGAGGUUGAAAGGACACGGCUAGCAUUUAAGGCCCUCAAUCAAGAGCAUUGUGAUGCUCCCGACUCACCCACCGAUGCCAGACCGACGAUUCGGGUUGUGCGCAGUGACUCUUCCCUGGCCACGAUGCCCCUUGAUGACCAGCCCCGGCAUUUUAGCAGUCGGUCCUGUUCCUGGGACCAGCCAGAGGCUGGCAUGACACCGGAAGAGCACAAGGAAAACCUGGAACGAAGAAAGGAACGACUCGCGGUACAGGAGUCUCAAUCAAGCUUCUUUCCUUUCUCUAGCGAACAAAAUCCAAGUGCUCCGAGUCCUUUCAAACAGUUCUUGCAAGAUAGACGGCAUCAUGAACGAAGCGAUAACUGCGGCCAGAGCUCAGAUCCCGACGGGGGCAGUGUCAUGUGCCAUCGCGAUACAAGCAAUUAUGUGAUCGAUCGGCGACGCUUUGGGUUCAGCAGUGACAGUGUCUACUCGCGCACCACGAAUGGUGGCAUCAAUGAUCAAUACAGAUCUCCCAUUGGAAGCUCCGAAGAGUUGUCAGUUCCUAACCAUGCAGGGUCCGAGCUGGCUGGCAUGGCGACAAUAUUGCCUACUGUAUACCAUCGGUCGAGCUCGCAGCCUCUUUCUGGAACGGAAGACAUCGGCAUUGGUCAUACGCAACCCUCUGAAUGGAAUCCUUGGUCAGACACUCUUACCACUGACCGAACGAAUAAGGACUAUCAGGCUGCUGCACACUUACGUGAAUUGGCGCAGAUAAAGUCUGAGCAAGCGCGCGGAAGUGACGAAAGAGGUCUCUCCCAGGCUAUUGCUCGGCCGAAGGAUUCGGGUGACCCGAAGUGUCUGUACGCCAUUGGGGUUGCGCCAAACGGCAACGUUACAAGGCCAAAACCCCGGCUUAACGGCAGCAAAAGCCACACAGGGUUGCUCUACACGGCACGAGCAGAUACAUUGAAACCCAUCUCAAACCAGGUUGAGGAUAAGGCAAAGACGGGUGACAGUUUCCGAAAGCUUAGCCCAGGCAUUCUGGCGAAGAAAUUGAAGGGAAAGAAAAGCCAGCUUAUGUCGAAGCCCGACGACACAGGGAAGGAAAACGUCCGAGCCGAACACAGCGAGUCUCCUCCAAUGAGUACACCUGGCAAAUUGCACCUUCAAGCUCGAAACGGGAACACGACCGGACGACUAAGGAAGAAAGGCAGUGAGGCGGCAAUUAUCUCUGUCCGAGGGCUCCAGGUUACGCCGCAGAGUGCAUUUAGUUCACUAUCGACCACUCCCAGCCGCUGCGAAGAAAGUCCCAGUGAGAAAGCCAAGGACCAUCUGGUUGCACGACUCAGCCGCCCAUUUAACAUGGAUGUGCCUCCUCACAACCGACCGUUCGACAGCAUGUAUCUGGGCAAGAGAACCCCCGGCCACCCCGACACGAUAGGAAGCAGCCGGUUAAGUGUUGCGCCUUAUGUUCCAACGACAUUAGAUGGGUCUGAUGCACAAGCUCGUAAGGGACAAGGUGUCACGGACGCGAAUGGCUUGUCUUCCGAGCCCGCUAGCAUAGGUCGAAAUGCGGCCAGAAUGUUAGGGUUGUUCAACAGCAAAAGGAUGGUGAGCAACUUUUUGAAGAGUCGAAGAACAGAAAGGAGCAGGAGUGAAAGUGGACAGAGUACGGCAGGGGGAAGUCCGGCAUUUCUCUGA